AUGACAUUAGAAGAUGCACAAAAUGCAGCACAAAAGGCAGUACAGUUUGAUAGCAAAAAUCAAUGCAAACAAGCUUUAUAUUAUUAUAAUAUAGCUGUAAAAUAUCUUUUGGAUUUACAAGACCAUGUAUAUGAUCAAAAACUUUUGGAAUAUCAGGAGAGAAUAUCAACUAUACAGAGUCUCAUUAAUGAAGAAGAACAGAAACAUCAUAAAGCACAAUCUACAGAUCAAUCUAAAUUACAAAAAUGUAAAUUUCUUAUGAAUCAAGCACAAGAUGCGGAUGAAGCUGGUUUAAAGGACAUUGCUGUGAAAUUGUAUACAGAUGCUGCUGAACUUGGACUUAGUGUGAAAGCAACCAAUAUAGAGACAAAAGCUAAAUUAACAGCUCUUAUAAAAUUAGCUUUAGACAGAGCAGAAUCUUUAAAAGGUAUGAAAACAUUAGACAAUAGUGAUAUUCUUGAAACUCUUUCCAAGUUGCCUCCUGUACCAGAGACAAGUUUGGAUGAAGAUGUAGGUAAAAUAUUGCCUACAACUACAACAACUUCUGUAAACUCUAGUAAUGCAGGACAAACUCGGCCACCACUUCAUCGUGGAAGUAGUGCACAUCUGAAAGUGAGCGGUGGUAGUACUAAUUACACAGAAGAAGAAAAAAGAGUUUUGCUUCAUAGUUCUCACAUCAAUGAUAAUGAAUUUGUACCUUUUAUGAGCAUUGAUCUUACAGAAAGGUUUCAGUAUGCUAUUCCUUUUACUGAUAUAGAUGGAUUAUUAGCAUUAGCACCAAAACAAAAACCUGAUUUUGCAAAGUGGAGUAGACCAGAAGAAUUAUUUUCUGACCCAAAAAUGCUUAAAACAUCCCAUGUUGAUUACUACAGUAUAAAACAAACAGUUGUUUCUGACUGCUCUUUUGUUGCUUCUCUUGCAGUUAGUGCUCAAUAUGAAAAAAGAUUUGGACGUAGACUUAUUACAUCUAUUAUUUAUCCAAAAAAUAGAAAUAAGGAACCAAUAUAUAACCCUUUUGGAAAAUACAUGGUGAAACUACACAUUAACGGUGUUCCACGCAAAGUUAUAAUAGAUGACUUAUUGCCUGUAAGUCGAUACAACCAAUUACUUUGUUCCUACUCUAGCAAUCGUGGAGAGCUGUGGAUCUCGUUACUCGAAAAAGCAUAUAUGAAAGUAAUGGGUGGUUAUGAUUUUCCUGGGUCAAAUAGUAAUAUCGAUUUACAUGCUUUAACUGGCUGGAUACCUGAAAGAUGGGCUAUAAGGCCAGAUGAGCCCGAUUUUAAUAAGGACAAUCUAUUUAAUGUUUUAUUAACGCGUUUACAUAAAGGAGAUGUACUAGUAACAGUUGCUACCGGGGAAUUAACUGAUUUAGAGGCUGACAGAACGGGUCUCGUACCCACUCACGCCUAUGCUGUUCUUGAUGUUAGAAAAAUAAAUGAAGAAAGAUUAUUGCAGCUUAAAAAUCCUUGGUCGCAUUUACGUUGGAAAGGAAAUUAUUCUGAACUUGAUGAAAUACAUUGGACAAAUGAAUUAAAAGAAGUAUUAAAUUAUGAUCCAAAUUCUGCAUCUCAAUUUGAUAAUGGAAUUUUUUGGAUUGAUUAUGAUAGUAUAUGUCGAUUUUUUGAUGUCUUUUAUUUGAACUGGAAUCCAGGUUUAUUUAAUUAUACUUAUUGUAUUCACCAAAUGUGGAAUGCAGGAAUAGGACCAGUGAAAGAUGUAUAUAAUAUUGGUGAUAAUCCUCAGUUUUUAUUAGAAAUAAAAAACAAUGUUAGUGGAGCAAUAUGGAUUCUUCUUACAAGACAUAUUACAGACAUAGCAGAUUUUAGACAAAAUCAAGAGUACAUAACGGUCUUAGUUUAUCGAAAUGAUGGAAAAAGAGUAUAUUAUCCUUAUGAUCCACCACCAUAUAUUGAUGGUGUGAGAAUAAACAGCCCUCACUAUCUUUGUAAAAUAAAGUUAGAUGCUCAAAGUGAUACUCGAUAUACGUUAGUUAUUUCGCAAUAUGAAAAAACCAAUACUAUAUAUUAUACCUUACGUGUCUAUGGAUCUUGUGAAUUUUUAUUAAGGAAGAUACCAAGUUUUUAUAAAUAUGAGAAAGAGCUCACUGGUCAGUGGAAAAAUAUAACUGCUGGGGGAUGUAGCAAUCAUACAACAUACCAAAAUAAUCCACAUUACCAAUUGAUCUUAGAAAGUUCAAAUAACAGUAAUUAUUUGCUGAUUAUAUUAAAGGGACCUAAACAAUAUCAAAUAGGAUUUGAUAUUCUAUCAGUUGUAUUAAAUGAUUCUGAUGCAUCUAAUGCAUUUAAAAUGAAAAGUUCUGGUCCAUUCAGAUUAGGGUUUGUUUAUCUUGAAUUAGAAGAGGUACCAGCAGGUACAUAUCACAUUAUUCCAUCUACAUAUUAUCCUGGACAGGAAGGUCAUUUCUUUUUAAUUUGUAAAUCGUUUUGCAAAUUGCAACUUCAAUUACUUCAAUAA